AUGGCUCAAGGAAAGUUGAAUCCAUAAUAGGCUUUUAUGCAAGGCAAGAUGAAAAUCAAGGGAAAUAUGGCUGCUGCAACAAAAUUCACUCCAGAUUUAUUACCAAAGGAUGCAAAAUUUUGA